CUGUAAUGAUAUCUAGAGCAUAUUGUUUCAAAACUUUAUAUCAGUUAUGGUGUACAACUCUAAUGAAUCUUUAUAGUUAAGUCUGAAAUUGUUUUGAUAUAACUAACAUUUUAUUUCAUCAAAAAAAAAAAAAAAAAAAAAAAAUUGGAAAAUAACUUCCAACAGCCAAAUUAGUUGUGAAAACUUCUAUUUUUUAUUUUUCCAUAGUCCUUAAAUAGACGGGGAAAAUUUACGGAUAAGAAAACAGCCUUUUAUGGGAAAGGGGGAUGUUUAAAGGUGGGAACACCUAAAGCGCUUAUCUGGCUGGCUUAAGUCAUCGGCUGACUUUUUCGGAAAUGAAAAAGGAGCCUAGGACCAAAAUCGAACUAAGUCAACCUAAAACUCCUUUUGUUCAUCUACGAAGAAGCCAGCCAAAUAUGCACUUUAUGUAUUUCCACCCUAAGUUUUCAGUCCCUCUGCCAAAAAAAACAUGUUUUCUUCCGGCAAAACUUUGCACAUUUUAUUUUAUUAUUAUUUUUAUAAUGAAAUUCAAAACAAUGUCUUUGAAAAAAAAAUCAAAAAUAUUAAAAAAUUUAUAUUUAAGAUAAUUUUAAAAAUGUUCUGCCCAUGGUAGAAAAAUAUAGGUAGACGCAUCGACGCAGCUGCUGGGACAAUGAACUGUCAAACCAAUUUUGGAAUUGAAAAUGUUGAAUGAAAAAAUGUUUAAACUUGUAAAAAUUGUUGAAAAAUGCAUAUCUUUACAAUCCACGAUUUGUGUCGUAUAAGAAAACAUAUAAAAAUCAACUUAUAUUUGAAAAGAAAUUUAAACAAUUUUUGACAUAUCAAUGCUCCCAAGCGUUGAUGCAUCUACCUGUAUUUUUCUACCAUGAUUCUGCCUUACAAAAGCAAUAUUAGGUGUGUCUGGUUACUUUUCCUGUAGCAAUUGUCCAGCAACAUCUUUCUGGGAGAGUAAAGGUGCCAGUACAUAAAAAGCUUGACGUCAUGACUAGGCAUAUUAUUGUCAAACGACGGCAGGAUUUUAGAGCGGCUCUGUAUAAAAAGGAAAUUGGCAAUAAAAUAAAAAUAUAAGCAAUAAAAGAGAGAUAGGUUUGAUGUGUUCCCUGGAAUCCUUUAAACGUGUUGCUAAUGGAGUUUGACUAAAAAUGUUGAAAAUAGUCUUUCAUUUUCUUAAUAAAUAUUAAUAUUUACGUUUUUAACAUUUUGUAAAGUUGUUCUUCAAUACCAAUUAGUCUUGCUAGUUCCAAAAAAGAGAAGUAUUCUCAAAUUGAAAGCACAAAAAGAGAUUAACAAACAUUAGACAACAUCUGAUUGAAUGUCGAUGAAUGAUGAGAAGAAGAGUUGCAAGUGAUUGCAAGAAGAAAUUUGUCCAGCAAGAAUUUGCAAACUCUCACUGAAAGAACUGUCAACAUUUCUCUCACCAACCGCUCUCCUUUUUUUUUUUACAGAACUUUCGGGUUAGCAAUCGCCUGCCAGUAACAAUUUGUAACAAUUUUAGGCUAACCAGACACACCUAUUGUUUAUAACGUUUUUCUUUUUUGUUUGUAAUUUUUCUUCUUCUUCUUUCGAAUUAUAAAUACAUAUCGUUGAUAGCGUGUUAAUUUGAUUGUUGGAAAAACAAAAACAAAAAAUUAAUUUUGUUUUUUGAAAAAAAAGUCCUGUUUAAAUAACAAAAGUAAAGAAGAAAACAUUGAUAUAUAUAUAGUAACAACUAAUUCUAUAUGAAAAACAAAUGUUUAAACUUAAGUUAAAAAUAGCAGCUUUUAAUAAAAAAACACAAACAACAACAACUACAAUUCUAUCUAUGUAAAUUUUGAAGAAAAGUGUUUUAAUUUUAAAAUUCACGAAUAUUUUUGGGGGGAAUUUUUCUACAUUAUCUGGGGAACGCCAUAAUUUUUAAUUUUUUUGAAGCAAAAAAUAUCGAAAAUAGCAUCAAAGUCCAUUUUGGUCAACUUUUUUUCAGUUUUAAUAUUGACCGAAAUUUCCCACAAUUCUUCGUUUUAGAGGAAUAAUCUUAAAGGAUGAAAUGUUCUGCAGGAAAUUUCACAAUGUGUCUCCGAACAAAAGAAAUCGCUAACUUUGAUAACUACCAAUGAAGCAUUAAUUAACAAAUAUUGAAUAAAACCUUUAGUAUUUUUUUAAACAAAAAGUUUUCGAUUUUUUUCACAUGGUCCCUUUGAAAUAAAUUUAAACAUCUGAAAUUUGAAGGAAAAAAAUACUUCAAAUCAAUUUCAUUUCAUUUCCCAUUACCCAAAAUGCACUCGGCCAAUCAAUUUGUUUACACCCGAGAACGUCGACGUUUCGGACGUCAAUGUCUAUUCAGCGAUCGCAAUCAAUUAAUGCUAAGCAUUAAUCCCAGCAAAAGACAAAGAUGUCAAUACAUUUUACGCAAUCCCGUACAUCAGGGUACCCAAUUGAGUCGCCAGCUGGCCUAUAGCAUAAUGGAAACGGAAAAUGUUAGCCUGGCCGAUCAUGGAAUGUAUCAUUAUGAGGGUGGCUGGCCGCGUGAAGUUAAUAUCAAAGAUGAAGAGGCUACGCUUAGGCAUCGUAAGAAAAUCGAACGUGAUGACAAUUGGGGUGGUCAAGUUGUGGGGUUAAUUCAUCAAUCACUUGAUGUGGCUGAGGAGAAUAAUACCGUGAAUAUCUAUGAGGAUUUCUUUUUGGAUUUACCCUCAGAAGCUGGGGAUUCGAUAAGGACUGCCUUUGAGGCGAGACAAAAGAAUAUUUUUCAUGAUCCAGAAAUAAUACGCAGACCUAUUGCGGUUAUUGAUUGGACCCCCAAUGAUGUCAGACGUUUCCUGGUAUUGCACAGCAAUAUUCCAUUGGCAAGGAGAAUGCCGGGGGAGAGUAACAAAAAAGAUAAACCCAAGGAGAAAGAUGAUGGCAAAAAGAAGUUAAUACUCCUAACUCCAUUGGUGAAACAGGAGAAAAUUGAAAAUACCAAUGAUUUUUAUAUUUGGAAUUUAGAGAAUCCCUUGAAACCCAUGACCAGCUUCAGUUGUGAUGACAAGGUUUUGAAGACGCUCUACUGUCCCAAAGAUGAAAAUUGGAUUGCUGGAGGCUUGCAGUCGGGCAAAAUAUGCAUUUGGAAUUCUAGAAUGGGUGGCCAACCGGUUAGCAUUUGCCCCUUAGAAGCAGCCCAUCGUGAACCAGCCGCAGCUCUUUGCUGGGUCCAUUCCAAAACCAAUACGGAAUUCUAUACCGGUUCCCAUGAUGGUUCCGUCAAAUAUUGGGAUGGCCGGGAUUUAGAACAACCCAUACAAGAACUACUAAUGGAUCCGCAAAUGACUGAUGACCAAAUGCGCAGCCGUUCACAUGGUGUAACUGUCAUGGAAUUCGAAUACACCAUACCGAUACGUUUCAUUGUUGGCACUGAUAUGGGCAGUAUUUUCAUUGGUAAUCGCAAAGGCAUGACACCAAUGGAAACCUUGGCAGCUGGGAAUUAUCGCUUGUUCAAUGGGCCCAUACGCACGGUGGAAAGGAAUCCAUUUUUUGUAAAGAAUUUUCUAAUCACCGGCGAUUGGUGUGCCAAAAUAUGGGCCGAGGAAUGUAAGGGUUCGCCGCUGACAUUUUUGAUCAAGAAAUCCAAUCAGAUUCUAUGUGGAAGUUGGAGUACGGCUCGUUGUUCGCUCUUUGUGACCGGUGACAGCGAGGGAGAAUUGGAUUUUUGGGAUAUGUUAUUGAAUCAAAGGAAAUCUAUAUUUUCCAUGAAAUUUUCCGCGAGAAUUUUGUGUGUGAAAUUUCGUCCGGAUGGAGAAUAUUUGGCGGUUGGUUUGGGAAAUGGAGAUAUACAAAUACUGGAAAUGGAUAAGGCCAUGAAACAGAGUAGCAGCAAGGAUAAGGGUCUUAUGGUGGCGAUGUUUGAGCGGGAACAGUUACGUUGCAAGCUACUCGAAGGUCGUGUUGAAGAAAUCAAAUUAAAACAUCGUCUGACAGCAGCUGAUUUGGAAAGAAAAACUUUAAUUGAGGCUCAAGAAAAGGAAAAAAUUGCACCCGAACCCUUGGAUCCCGAUAAUCCUGAUGAAUUUUUACGUAUCAUAACCUCCGAUGAAGAAUUUCGCGAUAUUUUCAAUAGUUUUCAAGAUCAUGUACUAAAAACAGAUAAGAAGCGUCAGAAACGUGAAUACAUUAUGGAUUUAACAGAUUUUGAAAUGGAACUUACUACACAUCAUAGCAUGGGAAAUCUUCCCACACCACCAGCCGCACCAGGCAGUGAUGAAGAAAAUAUGAAUAUGAAUAUCAUUAAUACUUAGAUUCUAAAAUACAGCUAUAUUAUCACUCAAUUGUUCCAAUUCAA